AUGGCUCUUUCCCUGUCCAAUUUCCUCUACUCAUUACUUGUCUUUGUCUCUCUUGCUGCUGCCGAAACUCGGACCUAUGACUUUGACAUAGGAUGGGUUGAGGGCAAUCCAGAUGGCCAGUUUACUCGCCCAAUCAUCGGCAUCAACGGACAAUGGCCAAUUCCGCGCAUCGAGGCCAAUGUGGGCGAUACCGUCAUCGUCAAUGCGAAGAACAGUCUAGGCAACCGGUCCGAGUCGCUGCACUUCCACGACCUCUACCAAAACGGCACUUCACACAUGGAUGGCGCCUCCCGGAUCUCGCAGUGCCCCAUACCCCCAGGAUCAAGCUUCACAUAUAAUUUCACGGUCAAUCAGCCGGGCACAUACUGGUACCACUCGCAUGUCGAUGGCCAAUACCCAGAUGGCUUACGCGGUCCGUUGAUCGUGCAUGAUCCCGACAGCCCCUUCAAAGACCAGUACGACGACGAAUUCGUCCUUACGCUUUCAGACUGGUAUCACGACCUGAUGCCCGGCCUGAUCUCAUCCUUCUUGUCUGUGACGAAUCCCACAGGAGCAGAGCCAGUCCCUCAGUCAGCUCUGAUGAACGAUACCCAAAACCUCACCAUUCCCGUGGAGCCGAAUAAGACGUACUUCUUGCGCAUCAUCAACGUGGCUGCGUUCGCCGCACAGUACUUUUGGAUCGAGGGUCACACUUUCAAGAUCAUCGAGGUCGAUGGAAUCUACACUGAACCCGCCGAGGCAGAGCGGAUCUACGUUACGGCAGCUCAGCGCUAUGGCAUCCUGGUCACUACCAAGAACAGCACGGACGAGAACUUUGCCAUCGUUGGCUCCAUGGACACAGACCUUUUUGACGCUAUUCCAGACGGACUCAACCCCAAUGUUACAUCGUACCUGGUCUAUGAUUCGGCUGCAAGCCUACCAGAGCCCGCACUCAUCGACGACUUUGAUCCCUUCGAUGACUUCGGUCUGGUGCCCUACGACCAGCUAGACCUUUUUGAAGAGCCCGAUCUCACCGUUCAGCUUGAUGUCAAGAUGGACAACUUGAAAGACGGUGCCAACUAUGCCUUCUUCAACAACAUCACUUGGGUUGCGCCUGUGGUGCCAACUCUGUACACGGUCCUGUCGGCCCCACCUUCGUUGCUCUCCAACCCAACCAUCUACGGCUCAAAUACGAAUACCUUCGUCUUGCCGCAUAUGGCGUCGGUCGACAUCAUUGUCAACAACCACGAUCCCGGCAAGCAUCCGUUCCAUCUGCACGGUCAUGUCUUCCAGACCAUCAUUCGCUCCGAAGAGGAAGCUGGUGACUAUGAUCCGAAUAACGUGACCGACCAGGACUUCCCCACCACGCCCAUGCGCCGUGACACGGUGCUGAUCCGGCCAAACGGUCACAUGGUACUGCGAUUCAGAGCCGACAAUCCCGGCGUCUGGAUCUUCCACUGCCAUAUCGAGUGGCACGUUGACAGCGGACUGAUCAUGACCUUUGUCGAGGCACCUGAGCAAUUCCGUGCCAACGUCUCUGCAGCCAACACCAUCCCGCAGGAUCACUUCGACGCCUGUAAUGCCAAUUCGCCGGCAAUGCCAUACGUGGGCAAUGCUGCCGGAAGAGGCGCCGUGUCUACCGAACAAGUAGUGCUCGGACUUAGAGAUGUGUCGGAAGACGAGUGGCUCAAUCUGGAGGGUGAGAACAAGCAAGGGGCUCCCCUACCCUCAGGCUUUACUGCUCGUGGCAUUGUUGCGCUGGUCUUCAGUUGCAUUGCUGGCGUGCUCGGCUGCUGCGUCGUUGCGUGGUAUGGCUUUGGCGAGAUGGGAGUUGUCGCAGCCGAGAAAGAGAGGCGGAAGAUCGAAAGCUUGGAGCGCGAGCAGGGCACGGUCGGUGACACAACUACGUCCAGCAAUGUGCACAAGACUGGAGACGGACAUGCGAGCAAGGUGAUGAAGGCUGUGAUGGGUAAAUAG